GACGAAGAAGACGCCGACUUGUUGUGCAGGCUGGACCUGGACCUGGACCUGGACCCGGACCCGGACGCGCAGCUGCCAGCUGGACUCUUUAGAACCGACAGAAAGCGGCGGGUUGAAGCGGUCCGUGUUGUCCGUGCUGCAGCCGCGGAGGGGCCGCUCUGUGAUGAACCAGCCGACGGACUGAAGUCUUCGGAAAGAAACAGACAGCUGUCAGCGCACAGCCAUGGAUGCAGAGAACGGUGAGCUGUUUGUGGGUGGCGUGGCGACAGACGGCUGGCAGCUCGACACUCCUUUCUCCUGCUCCGACCUUGUGUUCAGCGGCUCAGCGAAACCCCUGCAGGACUGGGCGGUGGACCCCGACUGCACGCUGAAUGACAGCGAAUCAGAGGACGUCCUUCACGGCGUCGACCCAAACGAGGUGUUCCCCAGCGGGCUGCCUGCAGACUCCUCGUCCGAGAGCGACAGCGGAAUUUCGGAGGACCCCGUUGCCGAGAGGAGUCCCUCCACCGCGGUGACCGCAGCGACCCCGCAGCCAGCGACCGUGUACCAGGUGGUUUAUGACAUCAGCGGCCUCGGCGGCGUGAAGACGGAACCGGGACUGGAGAACGUCAUCUCCAUAGAGCUCGGUGAGUGGAGCUCCCAGAUGUUGUUUUCAGACUCGUGCGUCGUGAACGAGCUUCCCGUGGUGUCUGCGGCUCGCCUCGACGGCCGUCUGACCACCGGCGACCCUGCCGGCCCCGACGCUCACCUGCUGUCCCCGGAGCUGCAGCUGACGGAGGAGGAACAGAAGCUGCUGACACAGGAAGGAGUUUCUCUGCCCAACAACCUUCCUCUCACCAAGGCGGAGGAGAGAAUCCUGAAGAGAGUUCGGAGGAAAAUCCGCAACAAGCAGUCGGCUCAGGACAGCCGGCGCCGGAGGAAGGAGUACAUCGACGGGCUGGAGGGCAGGGCGGCAGCUUGCUCAGCACAGAACAAGGAGCUGCAGAGGACCGUGGAGCAGCUGGAGAAACACAACAUGUCUCUGCUGAGUCAGCUGCGACAGCUUCAGUCUCUGAUCAAACAGACGGUCAGCAAAGGAGCCCAGACCAGCACCUGCUUACUGAUCAUCCUGGUGUCUCUGGGUCUGAUCAUCCUGCCGAGCUUCAGUCCGUUCAGCCGCAGCACGUCUGCAGACGACGACUACAGACCCACAGGAGUUAUUUCCAGAAACAUCCUGACAGACCCGUCCGCCUCCCAGGCGACAGCGGACAACGCCGACGCUCCGGCUGUGCCGCCCGACUCCUCGUCCCCGCCCUCUGACCUCGGCCAAUCAGGACCUCCGGAUGGCAUCGCAGGCUUCGAUGGGACGGCUCAGGAGGGGAACCAAUCGGGGAACAGCUCGGCUCUCGUUGCCGAGGAGACGGAGCCGCUGGCGCUCGGUCUGAGGGCGGCGGCGGGGAAAGGAAGCCGAAAUCCCGCCAAACCUGCACAUGCCGACGAGAUGUAGACAGACGCUUUCAACCACUAUGACUGGACUUCAUGUUCGAUGUCUCGCUCAAAGGCUACAUUUACAUUGCUAC